AAAGCACACGUCACAAUAAAAUAAAAGAUUUGGAAGAUUGUUCUGCGGUUUGCGUAUUCUGCGUGGUGUAAAGUGUAUUUUAUUCCCUGUUGCCGAGCUCAAUCGCCUCGAAUAAAGUCAAAAUGAAAAACGUCACGGAAGUGCUGCACAAGUUCUACGAUGAGUAUACCCACAAAACACCAAAGAAGCUGAAAAUCGUGGAUGCAUACUUGCUGUACAUUCUACUGACCGGCAUCACGCAAUUUGUUUACUGCUGCCUCGUUGGAACAUUCCCGUUCAAUUCAUUCCUGGCCGGUUUCAUUAGCACGGUGAGCUGCUUCGUGCUCGGAGUGUGCCUCCGCCUACAAUCCAACCCCCAAAACAAGGACCAAUUCCUGGGAAUCUCGCCGGAACGUGGAUUCGCCGAUUUCGUGUUUGCUCACAUCAUCCUUCACUUGGUCGUGGUCAACUUCAUCGGCUAGAAUCGUUCGUGAAACAUAGAUUAAGAUUUUGUAAGUUGAUAAAACAAUAAAUCGAACAAGAAUGUAAAGUACGGCGUGAAAGAGCCGAA